CAGUACUUGUGUGUGGCUUCGCAUGUGUUCGUGUUCGGGGUGUUUCGUUUUUCAUCUUAUAUAACAUCUUUCCUGUGUAUUGAAAACCCAAAUUGUUUGUCAAGCGAGUUCAGGUGAAGCUGAUGUGUUUUAGCUAUGAAUAGUGUGAUACGAGUAAGAAAUAUUUGACCUGCAAACUUGAGAUUAACAGUAACAUUUAAGUGGAAACGUAAGCUGAGGCCAUUUUCAAUAUGGCAGCCCUCAUGGGUUUGUCCAAGCGUGACCUUGAAGAGUUACGUCCAACUGUAGAUGACAUUGUGCGGAAGGUAUUGGGUUUUUCGGAACCUAGUGUAACAAUCGCUGCCUUGAACUGUGUUGGCAAAGGAAUGACAAAGGUGAAAACAGUUGAUUUGUUAAAACCGCUCAUUGAAGAAUCUGCACCCAAGUUUGUGGAGAAGUUGUUUGAAGCCAUUGAACGGAGCCAGAGCAGUCGAGAUGAGCAUAGGGCAAAAAAGCGGUCCCUCAGAGAUGACGAGGGUAUUGACAUCAAAGCCAAGAAGUCUAAGUCAAGGUUCGACAGUGGCAAUGUUGUUGAUGGAGAGCCACCGGCUGCAGAGCAGUGGACUCCCCAGCAAAUCAAGGAGAUGAUGGCCUCUGCAAGAAUGCAAAUUAUGGCCAAGAGAGACCAACUGCCAACCAAGCCUCAACCGCAAGCCCCACUCAUCACACCUACCCCAACCCCCACCCCUCCUGCCGCCUCCCAGGUGCUCAUGAACGAGGCUCUGGAUAAGGCCCGACGGGCGGCUGAGAUCCAGAGCCGAAUCCAGGCUUCCAUGGCCACAGCCGGUCUGGGACAGUUGGUCCUACAGCAGGCGCUAGCCGGGGUCAAUAUGAAGCAAGCUGAGCGAAUGCAGGCUGGGGACAGACCACCUGCACCUGUGUCAAAACCCACACCUUUGAUUCUGAACGAGAAGGGGGUGACAGUGGAUGCUGCCGGCAAAGAAAUUACACUGACGCAUCGGGUGCCAACGUUAAAGGCCAACAUCCGAGCCAAGAGGAGAGAGGAGUUUAAAUUGAACCAGGCAGAGAAGCCUCAGGAUGCCGUCAGCGAGACAUCACGAUUCUUUGACAACAGUAUCUCCCAGGCCCCAGCUCAGCGUAGUCGACGAGGAUUCAAGUUCCAUGACAAGGGACGCUUUGAGCAGUUAGCCCAGAGGAUCAGAGCGAAGUCCCAGCUGGAAAAACUGCAGAGUGAGAUUGCGCAAGCAGCUAAGAAAACCGGGAUCUCAUCAGCAACAAAACUGGCUCUGAUUACACCCAAGAAAGAACUGAAGGAAGGUGAGAUACCAGACACGGAGUGGUGGGAUACCUUCAUUCUCCCACGCGAUUCUUACCGAGAUUGCAGACAGCAGGUAGCAGGGAGCAGCAAAGGAGCGUCAGAGAAGUACGUGGGCAUCACCAACCUGGUGGAACAUCCUAUCCAGAUGAACCCACCUGCUGAGAUCACCAAGACGGUCAAUAUGCCCAUCUAUCUGACCAAGAAGGAGCGAAAGAAGCUGAGGAGGCAGACCAGACGGGAGAUCCAGAAGGAGCUACAGGAGAAAGUACGUCUAGGCUUGGAACCCCCGCCGGAGCCCAAAGUGAGAAUGGCCAACCUGAUGCGUGUCCUUGGCAACGAAGCCGUACAGGAUCCAACCAAGGUAGAGGCUCAUGUCAGAGCACAGAUGGCCAAAAGACAAAGAACUCACGAGGAAGCCAACGCAGCUCGUAAGCUGACCGCAGACCAGCGUAAAGAGAAGAAGGUCCGUAAGCUGAAAGAGGACACGUCGUCAGGGAUCCAUGUUUCAGUCUAUUGCAUCCGAGACCUCAGUAACCCUGCCAAGCGCUUCAAGAUUGAGGCCAACGCCAACCAGCUUCAUAUGACUGGCAUGGCCAUAUCGCACAAGGAUGUUAAUGUGGUGGUCGUCGAAGGAGGUCCAAAGCAACAGAGGAAGUUUGAACGUUUGAUGAUGCAUCGGAUCAAGUGGGGAGAGGAUAAGAAGAGAGGAGAUAAUGACUCGGAUGACUCCGACAACGAAUCUGAGUCGAAGGUCAACAAGUGCAGCCAGGUGUGGCAAGGGAUGGUCCAGCAGCGCUGCUUCAGCGAGCUGAAAUUCAAGCAGUGUCCGACUGAGUCGAUGGCCAGGGAGCAGUUUCGCAAGCACGGCGUGGAACACUACUGGGCCUUGGCCCAUGGAAAGCGGAUCUUGGAGGCGACAGCCAAUGCGUAAAUCUGGAGAAAUAGAAUCCUCCUCUCUGAUCCUAGUUGAACCCCCCGGCCAGAAAAAUACACAUCUUGAUCCAGAACCUCCGUAGUUCUGUUACGGUGCAUUCCCAACUUGGACACAACUGUAGAGCAGCACUUUGCCAUGCAGCACUUCAUGGUAAGCAGCGACAAGCAAUUUUAGUUGAAGGUGAGAAGAGUACAUUUAUUGCUGUAAAAGCGGGGAGUGUUUCAAUCCUUACAAAUUUCACUUCAGGCCCCCCAAAAACUCCACUUAAAAACAAACGUAGCCACAUGUAUGUGUGUGAUAUAAUCUUGAAUGUCAAAAAGUCAGAUCUUAAAAUGUCAGAAAAAAGAUUUUAGAACAUUUCAACCUUUCACUUUCCAGAAUAGUCCUAUGUUGAGACUUUCCUGAUAAAAUUUGAUUCUCUAGCAAGCCAUGCCUCUUUUGGUAGAGGUUUGUUGCAAACUCAAUGUCUAAUUCACAUCUUCAUUUCAUUGCUAAAUGUCUUCAUGAAACAAAAAUGCAGUGCUACAGAUGUGGUGAAAUGAUUAAAAUAUGGACAAGAUAAUACUUCCGAACGUGGCAAUGACUGUAGCCAGUCGUGUUUUUCUCAUAUCAAAUCCAAAGCAAAUGCUCAUUAGAUAUUUAUUUCAUUAAAUUGUAUUUCUGAAGGCCAUAUUUGCGGCAUAUUUGCGGCAUUGAUGCAAUGGGACUGAAUUUGAGCAGUUUAAGAUCUAGGGGUGGAUCCAGAAGUUCGAUUUUUUUGGGUGAGAGCCCCAAAUUUAGAAUUUAUUAGGUAACUUUUAAUGUCCUUUCUGAGGGGCGAGGUUACAUUCUGGACUUUUUCACACUUUCGAAACACCCCCAAAAAUCGCCACUCUCCCUAUUUUUGGUGGGCCUCUUCUUUGGGGUCUAAGAUCAUGACACCUAUGUUCAGGGGGUGUGAGAAUUCAGUUUUUUAUCUGAUUUCAGCUUUUUUUGUUUAGAUGUUGACCCUGCUUUUCAUCUUUUAUUUUACACCUGGUCUGUACAAAAGUAUGGGAACUGUUAACAUUUCAGAUAUUUGCUAGCUGUUUUCAGCCUUAAUUUUAAGUGUCCACUUCCACCCUUGUAUGUUUUCUUGAUUAAUGGCCUCUUAUCUACACUGUGUAGGCUGUCGUGUCAAAGACAGAAAAAAUUAAGCGCCAUAAACUAAGAGCAAGCAAGCAAAGCAGAAACAAUGUCAAGAAGUGUGAAAAACACAGCAAGUAAAAUUUGCAGGUUUUCUGCAUUAUGAUACAACUCUUUGUUUUGGUCUCGUUUUUGUAUGGAACUUGAAGAUACUCCUAUUCAUCCUCACCAAAUGUCCUGUUGUUAACAGAAAGAUCCCCAGUGGUCUAAACUCCUCAAACCCCCACAUCAAGUUGCCUUGCUUGGCUUAGUUUGCGGUACUACUCUCACCAGUUCCUACCAAAACUAGACACGGGUUUCUGUUGUUACUUUGCUACCUGUAUAUAGAUGGAUCGUGGUGGUGAUGGUACCCCGGUAUAGUAAGAAUAUAAUGUGAGGAAGGGCACCAUCGCACUUGACUCGCUACUAAAACCAGGUAUUUGUAUGCAAGUACUGUACAUUAGUGGUUGGUUUCAUUUUGGGGUAAUUGUGUAUUUUGCAGUGUUGCAUUCAAUUCUAUUGCAAGUCCAUGUAAGUCCAUCACAAGUCAUUCAGUCUUGAGCCAAUUCACAAGCUAUUCAACUAAGCUGUGACAAAACAAAAGUUUUUGUUUGUCAUUGAUCACCGUUAUACUUGUGACUGGCCUUAUGCAGAGACUUCUGACUGGACUUGUGCGAGGACUCGUAAAAGGACUUGUGAUGGGCUCGAAUACAAAUGUACAGCACUGGUGUUUUGUCUUCUUCAUGUUGUAUUGUACAUUGAAUGAAAAACUGGGUUUUAGUUUAUCCUUACCAUCAAGCUUGGAGUGAUCUACGUGUAUCAAGAGAAUAUGAUUUUAUUUCAAACAUUUUAAAUGAAAUUCUGUGGAUGAAAUUUCAGCUUAAGUUAUUUCUAAGUCCUUGUAACUGUAUAACGCCCAAGCACCCUUGUGAAAUUCAUAGAAGUGCCUAUACGUCACUACUAAAGUUUAGGGAGACACUUCUGUAGACUGAAUCUACCACUUCUCAAAAGCCGCUGAAUUCAUUCUCCUUGUAACUUGAAUUGUCCAUUGUGUGUCAUGUAUACUCGCCCGUUUCAAUACUCCCCAGUUCAAGUUAUGACUCGGUGUAGAAUUUUGUGAGGUUAACUGUGGUGAUAAAAUCCUGGAAGUGUUUAGAGCCGGCAAAGAUUAAAUAGUUUCAUUAUUUGCUCUGUUUUUAUUCAAGUUCUGCAAUGGCAUUACUGCCAGCAGGUGGCAACUUAACAAAAUCUGGUUUCAAAUACCAUCAGACAGUUAACUGUCAAACAGUCCCUAAUGUUGCAAACCCAAGUUCACGAGAUAAAACAGUACAGUUAGCAUUUGAUCUACAGUCCCUGGUUUUUGAGAAAUAAAGACUGUAUAACUAAAAAAGA